AUGUCGACGCUUCAUACGACGGGGCUCAAUCUAUCUCAUCAUCUUUCUCUAAGAACCCACCAUCUCAAUCUCAUAUCUUGUUCUACUGAUUCGCCUACUCCUUCAAUCUCGCGGAAGUUGAUCAAGGACUCGAAGCUCUCUGGAGAUUUCAGUCGAAAGAUCAAAUUCGUAGACUACGCUCCAGUAAUCGAAAGCUUAAGCAAGAGAAGCCUGCCUGAUGUAGCUCAUGAGGUUUUUCUCCAGAUGAAAUCAGAAAACUUGCUGCCUAACUAUAGAACCCUCUCCGCUCUUAUGCUCUGCUUUGCUGAAAACGGGUCUGUUCUUCAAGCACGAACGAUCUGGGAAGAAAUCUUAAACAGCUCUUUCGUACCUAAUCUCUUUCUCAUCUCAAAGCUCAUCUCUGCUUAUGAGAAGAUCGGUUGUUUCGUAGAAGUCACCAAAAUCACAAAGGACAUAUCUGCAAGGCACUCUCAUCUUCUUCCCAUGGCAUCAUCACUUGCAAUCUCCUGUUUCGGGAAGAACGGGGAGUUGAAAUUGAUGGAGGAUACUCUAGAGGAACUUGAUUCAAAGGAGAUCUCUUUAGAUUCCACCACUGCUAAUGCGAUUCUCGGAUACUAUAGCUCUUUUGGUACAUUGGAGAAGAUGGAGCACGCUUAUUCCCGGCUUAGCAAGUCAGGGAUUGUGACAGAUGAAGAAGGAGUAAGAGCUUUGUUGUUAGCAUACUUGAAACAGAGGAAGUUUUAUCGUCUACGCGAGUUUGUUUCAGACGUUGGUCUAGGUAGAAGAGAUCUUGGAAAUGGAAACCUCUUGUGGAACUCUGUAUUACUGUCUUAUGCAGCUGACUUCAAGAUGAAGAGCUUGCAGAGAGGAUUCAUCGAGAUGCUUGACGCGGGCUUCUCUCCUGACCUUACCACUUUCAACAUCCGUGCCAUUGCGUUUUCGAGGAUGGCUCUCUUCUGGGAUCUUCAUCUCACUCUAGAGCAUAUGAGGCGUUUGAACAUUGUUCCGGAUCUUGUGACUUUCGGAUGUGUGGUUGAUGGAUACACUGAUAAGCGGCUAGCGAGGAACUCGGAGUUUGUGUACAACCGAAUGAACUUGGACGAUCCUCCUGUGGUUUUAACUGAUACACUUGUGUUUGAAGUGCUGGGAAAAGGGGAUUUUCAUCUUAGCUCUGAAGCUGUUUUGGAGUUCGGUCAACGGAGAAACUGGACGUAUAGAAAGCUGAUUGGAGUUUAUCUCAAGAAAAAGCUUCGGAGAGAUCAGAUUUUCUGGAAUUACUAA